AUGACGGUACAUGGUAUCAAAACACAGCCUGAGUUCGAGUUCGGAGUAAAUAGUAGUGUUAAGGAAGCAUAUACAGUAGAGGUCAACAACAGAUUUGAGGCAUUGUAUCAAUUCAUCAAGAAUCCUACAGCGAAUGAGAUCUUCUCCGCACUGAUAGAAGCUCACGAAGGAGCAGCCACAAAAUACGUAUCAAAGAGAAAGGGCAAGAAGAAACGGGUGCCAUGGGAAAACGAAAAGAUUAGGGAGAAACGGAAAUGCCUUAAAGUAGCAUAUAAUAAAAAGAAUGGCGCACCAACUGCCGAACACGCAGAAACACUUGACAAAGUCAAGAAAGAUCUCCAGGAUGCAUACAAUGAAGAGCAGUCAAAUUACAUAGCUCAAAAAUGCACUGAGAUAGAGAUUGGUGCAUUCCAACAGCAGACUAGGAAAGUAUGGAAUAUUGUGAAAGAGAUCACUGGAAAGGCCUCGACCCCAGUGGAUCAGCUUAGAGGUAAAACACCACAAGAGAGACUAAACCAUUGGAAAGAUCACUUUUCUUAUCUACUUGGUCAACCUCCACCAGACAACAACAACCCAGUAAGGAAGAUGGUCCAAAAGACACUCCAAAUCAAAACAAGCAAAUUUACCAUUGGAGAACUCAAAGUAGCAGUUACCUCCCUCUCCAAUAAUAAAUGCCCCGGUGUGGAUGGAAUCCCAGCAGAGGUAUGGAAGUCUGGUGCCCUUGACCAACAGCUUCUGGAAGUAUGCAACAGAUCACUUAUCCAUGGCGAGAAACCAGACUUGUGGUCUCGGAGCAUAAUAAUCCCUGUACCCCAAAAGGGAGAUCUCAGUACCCCUCAAAACUACCGUGGUAUAGCACUGACCCCAGUAGCUGCAAAAGUAUUCAACAAAAUGCUUUUGAAUAAAAUCCGUCCUCACCUGGAACCCCUUCUCCGCAAGAACCAGAAUGGAUUCCGUCCAGGAAGAUCUACAGUAGCGCAAAUUCUAACUUUGCGAAGACUGGUGGAAGGAGUGCUUCAAGGAGAUACCUUAGCCCCAUACCUAUUCAUCAUUGCAUUGGAUUAUGCUCUAAGAAUGGCUACUGAAGGGUUCGAGGAUCUAGGCUUCACCCUACAGGAAAGGAAAAGUAGCAGAUAUCCUGCUGAAAUGAUCACAGAUACCGACUUUGCUGAUGAUAUUGCACUAAUCUCAUACAAUCUGGAAAAGGCACAGAAGCUCCUAGAACAAGUAGAGUCUGCAGCAAGCCAAGUCGGUCUACAAAUAAACAGCACUAAGACAGAAUUCAUGAUGUACAACCUUCGUGAAGGCGAGAUCUGUACUGCUGACAGGACAAAGCUGAAGCAGGUCCAAGACUUUCAGUACCUCGGCUCGUGGGUUGAUCAGUCAAAACAAGACCUGAGUAUCCGAAAGGCAAAAGCCUGGACAGCUUUGAACAAGCUGACAGCCAUUUGGAAAUCAAACCUCGGUAGAAAACUGAAAGUCCGUUUCUUUAGGGCUUCAGUGGAAACUGUACUGCUCUAUGGAUCAGAAGCCUGGACAUUGACGAGUAGCCUGGCAAAACAACUGAAUGGUUGCUAUACAAGACUCUUGAGAGCAGCACUAAAUGUCAACUGGAGUGACCAUAAUUAUGACCAAUAUUGA